AUGGAAGAUUUUUGUUUUGAAUUUUCCUAUGUGAAAAUACACUAUGAAAUUCCAAUCACAGACACAAAGUCCUUUAGUGAGGAAGAUUUUGAAGAUUCUGAAACUAAUGAUUUUUUUACAUAUCCUGAGCUUCAAGGAAGAUUUAUUCAAGCAAAAUCUAUUGUUCAUACCAAUCUGGCUGAAUAUAUAAAAAUCAAAAAUAUAGGACCUGGAAAAGUGUUGAUGGUAACUGAGACACAUAAUCAGAAUUUAUGGAAAUUGUGGGAAAAUAGAAGGUGAGUUUUAGAUAGGAUGAGAAAUCAAAUUUUUGAAGAGGAAGAAUUAUAUUGUUUCUGGCGAUUUAGGUGCUUAAGAAAAUUUAUUAGAAAAUAAUAAGAUUUUAUGAUAGAAAUUAUAGGAUUUAUAUAAAAUAGUAUAAGAAGAAUUUCUUAUGAUAUUAUUAAAGGCUUAAAUGUAGGUGCCAAAAUGGGGUUCCCUUAUUUAUUAUUAGAGCCUAAAAAGGUGCUAAUUAACUCAGAAAGAGUAAUAAAGCUAGCCCAUGCAAUAGAUUCAUUGAUAUUUGGGGUUGAUUUUAUUCAAGGAAGAAAUUGAAAAUAUAGGGCCCCAGAAGAGUUUGUAAACGAAUGCAAAAGUUAUUAUAAAAUCGACGCUUGGUCGCUUGGGAUAAUUUUGCUUGAGUGCUUGUGCAUGAUGCCAAUUCCAGUAAAAAAUCCAGCUGAGUUUGUUGAUUUAUAUCAAAACUAUUCUCCUUAUAAAGCUGCAGAAUCUGACCUUGAAAAGUAAGUGAAAAAUAGGUUUUUGGCAUUUGAGUUUUUAUUAACUAAAAUUUCUCCAGAUUUUCAGUCCUUAUUGAGCUCUUUACUUUCUAUUCAGCCGAACUCGAGACUUGAUUCACUAGAUUUGCUUUAUCACCCAUUUUUUCAAGGAAUCUCUCCUUAUUCUUUAUAUAGCCCUCCUCAGCAUUCUCUUGAAUACUUAUUUUUACUAUGAACAAAGCAUAAAAACCUUGAAUCCAUUGAAUCUCUAGAACAAUAUUUAAUUGCUAUCAAUUUAUUGCCUUAUCUUCCACCUAUUUUAAACAUUCCUACAAUAGUAGUCCCCUAUUCAAGCCGCAAAGAAGAAUUUCCCAUUAUUUUAGUAAAAAAAAUUGAUGUCCCAGCUGACUAUCUGCUUCAAGAAUUAAGAAAAGAUAAUGAAGAAGGAGGAUGGGUAAGUGAAAAUAUCAUGUUUAGUGAUGAAGCUUCCUUAAUCAGAUCAGGAAGUGACUCAUUAUUUGGAAAAAUCGGGAAUAUGUUUAGAUCAAAAUCAGUGAAAAGCCACCAUUCAGGAUCUUCAGCAAAAUCAAAAAAAAAACCAAUCGAAAUUUUUUCUGUUUUUCUUAAAAAAUUCAAAAUGUUCUCAAACGCAAUUUUAAAUAUGCCAAACCCCGCAUUUCUUGAGCUCUGUAAAGAAGGAAUUCCACAGUCAUUAAGAGCUGAAGCGUGGAAAAAAAUUUUGAACCUGAAGCCUAAGCAUAAGAUUCUUUAUAGCUUUUAUAGCUCGGUAAGAAUUCCAGCGCCAAAUAAGCAAAUUUCAUUGGAUAUCCCAAGAUGCCACCAAUAUCAUCCAUUUUUGGCUUCCUCAUAUGGAAAGAAAAAAUUAGAAACCAUCCUUAAGCUCUGGUUUUCUUUGCAUUCUACUAUUAAGUACUCACAAGGUUUAGACUCAAUUGCUGCAGUUUUUGUUUCUUUAUAUGAAAAUGACGAAGCUUCAGCUUUUGUAUGUUUUGACAAAGUGAUUGAAAAAUAUCUUUAUACAGUUCUGCGAUAUGAUGAGUGUCUUGCCCAUAUUUUAAUUAUUUUGAGAAACUUAAUAAACUUUUUAGAUCCUGAGUUAGGGCAUUAUUUGUUUGUAAAAGAUGUAAAUCCUGAAAUGUAUGCGGCCCCAUGGCUUUUAACUUUAUACGCUCAUAUAUUCCCAUUAAAUCAAAUUUAUAUAUCUUUUACCUCAUUGAUUAGAUAUUUAUUAUUAUAUUAUCAAUCAUAUUUUAAAAUUCAGUCCAAUCAAAUAUACUUUAUGACCAGCUUUUAACUCACCCUCCAAGUUUCCUAUAUUAUAUUGGCUUUUCUAUAUUGCAACAAGUGAGAAAAAUGAUUUUAGAAUCUCAGCAUGACCAAAUCAUAAACAUUUUAUCUGCUCUAAACGGACUUAUUGACUUUGAUAGAUGCUUAAGAGAAGCAAAAGAGAUUUUCAAUAAAAUGACAGUUGAUCUCUGCGUGUUAAAGUCUCCUGUAAAAGACUCCAAGAAGAAGUGGGAAAUGAUUUUGCCAAUUGAAAUAGCUCAGGAAACAAGAGUUCCAAUGAUAGAUCUAGAAGACUUGUUUAUUAUAGACAACAAUCAAUGCAAGCUAAAAAACGGAAUAAUCCUAGUCGACGUGAGAGCUCCUGCAGAACAAAAGAAAACCAAAACAAAAGCGACUGUAUCAGUUCCUAUUGCACUAGCUCAAAGUAACACAAAAUCGAUUCUUCCUGCUCUUAAACCAUCAAAAAAUCAAGUAGAUGGGCUCAAAGGGAUUCAAAAAGAUGCAAUCCUAGUCUUAAUUGGAGACGACUCUAUGAAUGCAAAUAGCGUAAUUUUCAUUUAGUUUGGCAAUAUUUUAUCUCAAAGAGUCCUUAUGCCGAAAAUCUGUAUACUGCGUGGUGGAAUAGACAUUUUGAAGGGCGAAAUGAAAGGAAUUCUUGUAGAAGAGUAA